CGCGGCGGUAGCGGCGGGGAAAUUCAAAUGUGUUUGCGGACGGGGACGUGGAUUCCAUCUUUUCUUCUUAACUCCGCUUUCCGGCGGAGAGUCCUGUCUCGCCGGACCACGGAGGGACGGCGGCGGCAGAAAUGGAGGCUGAGGAUUUAAGUGGCAGAGAAUUGACAAUUGAUUCCAUAAUGAACAAAGUGAGAGAUAUUAAAAACAAAUUUAAAAAUGAAGACCUUACUGAUGAGCUAAGCUUGAAUAAAGUCUCUGCUGAUACUACAGAUAACUCGGGAACUGUUAACCAAAUUAUGAUGAUGUCAAACAACCCAGAGGACUGGCUGAAUCUGUUGCUCAAACUAGAGAAAAACAGUGCUCCUUUAAAUGAUGCCCUUUUAAAUAAACUGAUUGGUCGUUACAAUCAAGCAAUUGAAGCACUUCCUCCAGAUAAAUAUGGCCAAAAUGAGAGUUUUGCUAGAAUUCAAGUGAGAUUUGCUGAACUAAAAGCUAUUCAGGAGCCAGAUGAUGCACGGGACUACUUUCAGAUGGCCAGAGCAAACUGCAAGAAAUUUGCUUUUGUUCAUGUAUCUUUUGCACAAUUUGAACUCUCACAAGGUAAUUUCAAAAAAAGCAAGCAACUUCUUCAGAAAGCUGUGGAAUGUGGAGCAGUACCACUAGAAAUGCUGGAAAUUGCCAUUCGGAAUUUAAACCUUCAAAAAAAGCAGCUGCUUUCAGAGGAGGAAAAGAAGAGUUUAUCAGCAUCUACAGUACUAAAUGCACAAGAACCGUUUCCCAAUACACUUGGACAUUUACAGAAUAGGAACAUCAGUUGUGAUUCCAGAGGACAGACUACUAAAGCCAGGUUUUUGUAUGGAGAGAACAUACCCCCUCAAGAUGCAGAGAUCGGCCAUCGAAAUCCCUUGAAACAAACAAAACGAUCAUGCCCAUUUGGAAGAGUCCCAGUUAACCUUCUAAGUAGCCCAGAUUAUCAUGAGAAGACGGAUGGUUCAGUUGUACCAACUUUUGCUAAAAGACAGACCUCUGGAUUAGAAUGCCGAGAUACAAUUGUGCCUGGAUCUAAAUCAAGUGGAAAUGAUUCCAGUGAAUUGAGAAAUUUAAAGUCUCUUCAAAAUACUCGUUCCAAGGAAGCUCUGAUAUCCGAUGAGAAGAGUUCUGAACUUUUUACAGAUUCAGUAACCCUGAAGAAUAAAAGUGAAUCAAGUCUUCUAACAAAAUUAGAACAAACCAAAGAACAUCAAGAACCAAAGGUUCCUGAAAAUAACCAGAAACAAUGGCAAUCUAAGAGAAAGUCAGAAUGUGUAAACCAGAAUCCUGCUGCAUCUUCAAAUCAGUGGCAGAUUCCAGAGAUGAUUCAAAAAGUUGAUACAGAGCAGAAACAAACCACUUUUGAGCAACAUGCCUUUUCAGUUUCAAAACAGUCGCCACCAAUAUCGACACCUAAAUGGAUUAACCCCAAAUCUAUUUGUAAGACACCCAGCAACAGUGCCUUGGAUGAUUACAUGAGCUGUUUUAGAACUCCAGUUGUAAAGAAUGACUUUCCACCUGCUUGUCAGUUAUCAACACCGUAUAGCCAACUUGCCUAUUUCCAGCAGCAGCAGCAGCAAAUUCCUGUUACUCCACUUCAAAAUUUACAGAUUUCAGCAUCCUCUUCAACAAAUGAAUGCAUUUCGGUUAAAGGAAAAAUAUAUUCCAUAUUGAAGCAGAUAGGAAGUGGAGGUUCAAGUAAGGUAUUUCAGGUGCUGAAUGAAAAGAAGCAGAUACAUGCUAUAAAGUAUGUGAACUUAGAAGAAGCAGAUAGCCAAACAAUUGAUAGUUACCGGAAUGAAAUUGCUUAUUUGAAUAAACUACAACAACAUAGUGAUAAAAUCAUUCGACUUUAUGAUUAUGAAAUCACGGACCAGUACAUCUACAUGGUAAUGGAGUGUGGAAAUAUUGAUCUUAAUAGUUGGCUUAAAAAGAAAAAAUCCAUCGAUCCAUGGGAACGCAAGAGUUACUGGAAAAAUAUGUUGGAGGCAGUUCACACAAUUCAUCAGCAUGGUAUUGUUCACAGUGAUCUGAAACCUGCUAACUUUCUGAUAGUUGAUGGAAUGCUCAAGCUAAUUGAUUUUGGAAUUGCAAACCAAAUGCAACCAGAUACAACAAGUAUUGUUAAAGACUCUCAGGUUGGUACAGUUAAUUAUAUGCCACCAGAAGCAAUCAAAGAUAUGUCUUCCUCAAGAGAGAAUGGGAAAUCCAAAUCAAAGAUAAGCCCCAAAAGUGAUGUUUGGUCCUUAGGCUGCAUUUUGUACUACAUGACUUAUGGGAAAACACCGUUUCAGCAUAUAAUUAAUCAGAUUUCUAAAUUACAUGCCAUAAUUGACCCUAAUCAUGAAAUUGAAUUUCCUGAUAUUCCAGAGAAAGAUCUUCAAGAUGUGUUAAAGUGUUGUUUAAUAAGAGACCCUAAACAGAGGAUAUCCAUUCCUGAGCUUCUGGCACAUCGAUAUGUCCAGAUUCAAACCCAUCCAGGAAACCAGAUGGCCAAAGGAACCACUGAGGAAAUGAAACAUGUUCUGGGCCAACUUGUUUGUCUGAAUUCUCCUAACUCCAUUCUGAGAGCUGCUAAAACUUUAUAUGAACACUACAGUGGUGGUGAAAGUCAUGAUUCCUCUUCAUCAUCUAAGACUUUUGAAAAAAAAUGGGGGAAAAAAUGAUUUGCAGCUACUCAUAAACUGUCAGGUGUCACCUGUACAAUGUACUGGACUUUCAUACCCUUGAAUCUCUUGGAGAUCUCUUGAAGAUAACUUCACUCUGAAAUAUCAUUGGCAGAAAAUUUCAGUGGAUUAUCCUCAAAAGAAAACUGUAAAAACAACCAGAAAUGGCACUGUAUAUAUUAAAUUGUAGAACUGUUUUCUCUUUUAUGCUUUCCUGUAAAUCUACUUGAUAUUGUUUCACACUUGGAAUAGUGGGUAGAAAACUGAAAUAUAUUCUGAAGAACUAUGUACAUAAGGUUUUGUAUAGUAUAAAAUGACACUAAAAUGUCAAAGUUGUAAAAUUGUUUUCUUCGUGCAAAUGUAUUAUUGGUGUGGCAACAGAAUUCUUAAUUAAUAAAAAUAGGAUUAAGGGAAAACAUGAGAGUAGACCUAGUAAAUGAACUUCAGGGGGAAAAAUUCCAAAGGGUUUGAAUUCUAAAAUAGAUUUCCUAAAUUGUUUUAUGGCACUGAUAAUAAUAGUCCAGAGUUUUAGGGCUGUAUUUGGCUCUUUUAAUUCUCCCUUUGACUCUUCAUAACAUCUGUUGUUUUUGGUGGUCAGAGUAUCAUGCUGGAUCCUGUGAUGGUAGGCUGUAUAGGGCGUGACCUCAUUGUACGACUCACUUGGUAAUGAGUUAUUACAAUUGUGGUCCCAGAAUUUCUGACUCUGAAUCUAACAGAUUAAUGAAAGAUGUUACAAUGUAGUAUUCUUUUCCCCAAUUUUUCUCUAGAUUUCAAUAGACCUUUUUAAAUUAAGACUUUAUUUUUAAAACAGUUUUAGAUUUACAGCAAAAUCGAAGGAAAGGUACAGAGAUUUCUGGUUUAACCUCUGCCCCAAACAUGCAUAGCCUCCCUCCUCCAUUAUCAACAUCCCCCACCGGAGUGGUACUUUUGUUACAUUUCGUGAACCUACACUGACACAUCAUAACAAUCACCCAAAGUCCAUAGUAUACAUUACGCUUCACUCUUGGUACGCAUUCUAUGGACUUGGACAAACAUAUAAUAACAUGUAUCCAUCAUUAUACAAUUAUAAGAGUAUUUUCACUGCCCCCCAAAUUCUCUGUGCUCCAGCUAGUCUUCCCUCCGGUACCCUCAACCCCUGGCAACUGCUGAUCUUUUUACUGUCUCCAUAAUUUUGCCCUUUCAAGUACGGCAGAGUUGGAAUUAUACAGUAUGUAGCCCUUCAGAUUAGCUUCUUUCACUUAAUAACAUGCACCUUCAGGUCUCUUCAUGGCUUGAGAGCUCAUUUCUUUUUAGUGCCUAAUAGUAUUCCAUUGUCUGGUUGAACCAUAGUUUAUCCAUUCAGCUACUGUAAAUCAUCUUGAUUGCUUCCAAGUUUUGGCAAUUAUGAAUAAAGCUACUAUAAACAUCUGUAUACAGGCUUUUCAUGUGGACAUGUUUUCACCAACUUUGCAUAAAUACCAAGGAGCAUGAUCGAUGGAUUUGUAU